AUGAGCUCGGAGACCAAUGGCACUUCAGCUGAGCGGCGGCGCGUGUCCUGCACAAAAUCCUUCGACGCUCUCUGGUUCUGCUACUCACCAUUUUACCAAAUGCAGCAGUAUUACCGGGUUGGAAGACUUGAUGAUUGCACUAAGAAGUUCUCUGAUCUCUUUGAUUGUCUUUCCUUAAAGACAAAAAGAGUUUCUGAAGUCGAGAAAAUUCUGGACGAGCAAGAGAAAGCAGAUGCAGCAAAACAUAUCUGGAUCAUGCGGACACAGGAAGAAGCUUCAAGUCACUGGAACGCCACCUUUGGGCAUUUGGAUAAUCCAAAUUUGUAG